ACUCUUUAACACGAUUUUCUACAUAUACAUGUAAGAAGUGUGUGGUCAUUUGAAUAGUUUCGUUCGACCUUUGCCUUUAUUUGUUCAAUCAGCGUACUGCGUUCAGUAGGUACCGAUAGCGUAUUCUAUGCUAUAGUAGCUAUCUGGUAGCUAUUUAUGCCAGCGUUAUUGACAAGUGCGGUAUAUUAACUGUAAAUUUCGCACAAAAUAAUAAUAGUGAAACGGAAUGGAGAUUGAAAUAUUAAGCGUCGCCGGUUCGAAGCCGAUCGGAAAAAUAAAUGUCAAUGAUAACGCAACCAUAAAAGAUGUAAAAGAUAAAAUUUAUAAGAAUUUGAAAAAGUCAUUAUAUCCAGAGCGACAAUCUAUAAAAUUAGAGUCCAAAGGAAGGUCAUUGAAGGAUGAAGCUACAUUAAAAUCAUUAAAUAUUGUUAAUGGGGCUAAACUUUACCUUCAAGACCUAGGUCCUCAAAUAUCUUGGAAAAAUGUGUUUUUGGCUGAGUAUGCUGGACCCUUAUUUGUUUAUUUGUGGGCUUACCAAAGACCUUGGAUUUUAUAUGGAGAACAAAGUGCCCCGGCACACUGGUCCGUUCCUAGCAUUGCUGCACUCUGUUGGUCAGUGCAUUAUGCUAAGAGAUUGUUCGAAACAUUGUUUGUGCAUCGUUUCUCGCAUGGGACUAUGCCAUUGAGGAAUUUGUUCAAGAACUGUUGCUACUACUGGGCCUUUACAUUGUACAUUGCAUAUCACAUCAACCACCCCCUGUACACAGCACCUUGUAACACAUGUGUGUAUGUUGGAUUAGCUGGUUUUACCAUCUGUGAAUUGGGUAACUUUAGCAUUCACAUUUUGCUGAAGAACCUGCGACCCCCAGGCACUAAAGUGAGACGCAUCCCUGUGCCCGACGGCAAUCCCUUCACACAGCUGUUCAACUUUGUCUCCUGCCCUAACUACACCUACGAGUUUGGAUCUUGGCUCUUCUUCACUAUUAUGACGAAAUGUGCUCCAGCUGGAAUUUUCGCAGUGGUGGGUUUGUACCAAAUGUCAGUUUGGGCGCUCGGCAAGCACCGCAACUAUAAGAAGGAAUUCCCAGACUAUCCUAAAGGACGCAAAGCCAUCUUGCCUUUCAUCCUUUAAGUAAUGGUCUAACCAAUAGGAGCACAAGUGCUUUGUUUAAUUAUAAAAAUAAUAUAUUUCGUUAGGAACGCGUUGAAGGUUAACAAGUUUCGGUAAUUAUAACGAACGUCACGUUUACAUAAUUUAAUGUUAAUCCAGUAGGUGACGGUACUCUUGUACGCGCGUGUUACAUGUAGUUUAUUUAAAUGGUGAAUGUUAUAGGGAUUUUUUCUUAUUUUUGUCUAGUAAAAAAUGCUAAUGAGAAUGAAUAAUUGCGCUCAAUUAUGUUUCUUUCGUAUGAUUAUGUUGAUUGUUAGUAAAAAACUUUGAUGUUGCAAUAUUAUUUUUUUAUGUAUAUGAUGGGUUAUAUGAAAACAAUAAUUAAGGUCAUAUUCAAAUUUAAUAUAAUAUACAAGGAUAACAGCAAGAAAA